CGUACACCUGACAGUUGUGACACUUGUUUUUGUGGUUAGAAAAAAGUUUUGCCGGUAAAACGAGUUUGAAAAAGUUGAAACGGAAGGCACGUGAAGUGAUAUAAUUAUCGAGUACGAUUUAAAAGGAACCAAUAAAACAAGCUGUGAUUAUACUUCAGAAAUCUUGAUUCUAGUCAAUGAACUACUAUGGGGGAUCUACACGUAAUUUGCCAUGAAAUCCCAAAACUCGUGAGUACAACAUGUUUCAAACAAUGUAUCCUCCAUGUUAUAUCAAAAUUUCUUGUAGGAGUUGCACGCACAUUUAAACGGGUCCUUGACUGAAACAUGUUUGAAAAAAUUGAAAUGUCUAGACUCGUCAAUAAAAGGAUACCAAAGAAUGACAGAAGUCUUAAACAAAUCUCAAAGAAGUCUCUCUGAAUGUUUUGAAGUGUUUAAAAUAGCUCACAAUGCCACCAACAAUGUAGAAGCUGUUUUCGCAGCUACACAAUCUGUGAUCUCAGAUUUCCACAUGGACCAUGUUGUGUAUUUGGAGCUGCGAACCACACCCAGAGCUGGACAAGACAUGAGUAAGGAAGACUACAUAGCAGCAGUGGUGACGGCUAUCCUGGCAAACCCCUUAGAGAUCAUUGUAAAGCUGAUCCUAUCUAUUGAUAGACGAAAUAGCAUAGAACAGUCUCUUGAUAGCUUAAAUGUGAUAUUGAAGAUGAAAUUGAAGUAUCCUGAUGUGAUAGUAGGAAUAGAUUUUAGUGGCAAUCCUGCAGAAGGAGAAUUCAAUGAAGAUUUAUUUAAAAAAGCAAGAGAAGGUGGACUAAAAACAUCAAUACAUUGUGGAGAAAUUAGGAAUGAUGAGGAAAUAGAAAAGAUCUUGAAAUUUGGGCCUGAUAGGCUUGGGCAUGCAACAUUUUUGCAUCCUGAAUAUGAAGGCAAUCCGAACAACUGGAAAUUAUACCUUGAGAAAAAAAUUCCCGUAGAGUGCUGCCUUACCUCUAAUGUGAUAUGUGGAACUACAAAGAGCUAUCCAGAACAUCACAUUCGUGAGUGGAUCAGGAAUUCUUUACCUCAUUGCAUAUGUACUGAUGACAAAGGAGUCUUUGGUACAAGCCUUACAAAAGAGUACACACUGGUAGCAGAACACCACGGCCUAAAACCAAAAGACUUGUGGCAGACAACUUGUAAUUCUGUAGAUUAUAUAUUCGCUUCAGAUGAUAUCAAAACACGUCUAAAAGUAAAACUGAUGAACUGGUAUAAUAAACAUGAAAGACAGCUGUGCAGGUUUUGAGACUGAUACGUGUAUGCUAAAGGUUUUUCUAUAAGAAAUAAAAAAAUUAUGUUUUUCAAUGCAGAAUGUAUUUUUCUAUGGUAAUUAAAUUGAUAUUAAUUUUCUU